AUGUCCCCAACACCUCAGACAUCACUUCCAAAUAGUGCCAGCAGCUUGAAGAAGAAAAUGGCUAAGUCAGACGUGUCACAGCAGGUGAAGCAGGGCAGACAUCAAUGCUACAUUGCCAAGCUUGAAGUCAAAAGUGAGCACAAUUGUGAUGUGAAGAAAUAUGACUGGCUUCAUACUACCUGGGAGUACAAAGUAUCCCAAGCCAUGGUCAGCCAUCAGUGCCUGCAAGAGGCCAAAGAUGCUGAGAUUUGGCUUCAUGAGACAGAUAUUUGGGUCCACCAAGCACAUUCCUUGGUGCUUGACAAGGAAGCAGAAACCCUCUGCCUCAAGAUCCAGUUCCACCAAAUGAUGCAGUCUUCCAAGGCUGCAUCAGAUGGAGGAACUGGAUGA